AUGGACUUUGACUUUUCCAUCGACAUGGACCACCGCAAGCGCAGACGCAACCGCACAACCCAAAGCUGUCUCAACUGCCACACCUCCAAGCGCAAGUGCGACCGCAAGCGCCCCUGCCAGCGCUGCAUCCAGCUCGGCCUCACCGGCCUCUGCGUGUACGAGGUCGACGACCCCGCUCUCAGAGACGACCCCACCAUCGACGAACCCACCCGCCUCCGCAACCGCAUCGCAGAGCUCGAGUCCCUCGUCCGCGAACUCCGC